AUGACGUUAUUUUAUGGGCAUUGGAGAAUAAUACCACAUCUACCUUACGUUAUCACUAUCUAUCUAUCUAUCUAUCUAUCUAUCUAUCUAUCUAUCUAUCUAUCUAUCUUAUGUAUGCAUCUAUCUAUCUAUCUAUCUAUCUAUCUAUCUAUCUAUCUAUCUAUCUAUCUAUCUCUGUUUUUCAUUAUCUAUGUAUCUAUGUAUGUAUCUAUAUAUUUAUUUAAGUCUUUUUUCAUUAUCUAUUUGUCUAUCUAUCUUAUUCAGUUUCAUAUCUAUCUAUCUCAAUUUUUAAUUAUCUAUCUAUCUAUCUAUCUAUCUAUCUAUCUAUCUAUCUCAGUUUUUCAUUAUCUCUGUAUGUAUCUAUAUAUCUAUUUAAGUUUUUUUUCAUUAUCUAUCUAUCUAUCUAUCUAUCUAUCUAUCUAUGUCUGUUUUAGAUUAUCUAUGUAUGUAUCUAUAUAUCUAUUUAAGUCUUUUUCAUUAUCUAUCUAUCUAUCUUAUUCUGUUUCAUGUCUAUCUAUCUAUCUAUCUCAGUUUUUCAUUAUCUAUAUAUCUAUCUAUGUAUCUAUAUAUCUAUUUAAGUCUUUUUCAUUAUCUAUCUAUCUAUCUAUCUAUCUAUCUACGGAACGAACUCACUAA